GAGUUAUGUCUAGACAUUAGCUCUCCAAAUUCAGAUUAACCUCUUCUGUCGCGGUACACAGAAUUUCUGGGACAACAUUUAGGGGGUCCGUAGAUGCCUUAAAAUUGUGCAGAGAAGAAAAGUUCAAGGAGGCCUAUGAGUUCAUCAACUCCAAUCGCUCGCAUUUGGUGCAUGGUGCAGGCUUAAUGGUGAUUAGCCACAUUUCUGAGCAUCUUAGAGCUGGCUACGAAAACAAAAAAAUAGAAUCUGCAACAAUUUCUGAAAAAGAGGAUGAAGCUUUUGAUUUAGCUUUCAAGAUCAUUGAUAUUAUGAAACAAGAGGGAAUCAAUGUAUGUGGAGGCUUAAUAUCCAAUAUCAUCAUUUUAUUGGUUGCAAAGGGUAAGGACCAGGAAGCAUUUGAUUUCAUUAAAGACAUUAAUGAGGAGGACAUUGUACAUAAAGUCAGACUUAGAAAUGAAGCUCUCUCCUUCUUGAUGGAAUCCCUCUGCAAAAGACAAACUUGUGAUGCCACCAAGCUUAAAGAGUUCAUGGAAUCCAAUGGCUACAAAGUGAUAUGACUCUGAAUAAGACUAAGUCGUUUCUCACUUAAGAGGCGCGGGAAUAAGCAUUUGCGUUAGUCAUGUUUAUUUAUUUAGAUAUGACUUAGUCAUGUUUCUUUAUUUACUUAUUUCAAUAUGAGUCUAUCCCUUUUUAUUAGCAAUUGAGUCAGUCAAUGUUUAGAGUCUGUUGGAAUAAUUGUGGGAUAAUUGGAUCACCCUCUAAACCACACUAAGUGAGUGAGAUUCUCUUUUCUGAUAUUUCCCUUUGUAUUACCGCACUAUUUAUACCUUUAGCCAGUUUAUGCUAAAGGAAGAGAAAUAUUAAGCUUAUUAUUUUCAGAGAUUCUCUUGGGCUUCUUAGUCUCAAUUAAUCGAGAUUCUUGAUUGAAAGAGAUUUAGAAGAUUUGUUUUUGUUUUUAGUUUCUAAUUUUUGGUAGCUACCAUUUUGGUAUAAGAGGCAAGUUCUUGUGCAAUUAUGGUAAAUACUCGAUAUUAUGCAACUCAUGGCAAUCCUGAUGUCAGCAACAUCCUGGCACAGCAGAGUGAUAGCUUGGCCGCCAUCGCUGCCUGACCGAACAUUCUGGACGAAUUACAAGACAAAGUAGCCGCUUUAGAAGUCCAAAACU